AUGAAAGUCCGAUCAAAUAAUCUCGGAGGAUUUUCUAAAAACUGUCUCAAACUUCGUCUAUUUUUGUUAUUUAUUAAAAACGUCAUUAGUUUCGAAGUUAUUGAACUGGAUGGUGGAUUGAUUAGACACGGCGGAAAGCCAAUAUUAAGAAAUGAUAUAAAAACUAAAAACCAUCAAGUUUAUUUUGAUACGGAUAAUGAUAGAAGAGGGUUAGACAGUGAUGAAGAAAUAAAGACUCUGUUGGAGGAGAAAUACAAGUUUAGAAACGACGAAACGUCUACCAGAUAUAGAAUUACACAUGACGAUAGAGAGUUCUCAGGAUUUACAGAGUCACCAGACGAACAGCUGGACUGGGCAUUCCGUUCGUAUGCCGUCCGAAGAAUCGUCGGUGGCAUGGAGACGAGCAUCAACAUGUAUCCGUACAAUGUCGCGAUAUCUAGGAAUGGAAAGCACUGGUGUGGGGGUGCUGUCAUCGACGAGCAGUGGGUCUUGACCGCCGGACACUGCCUGGAAUCCGCUUUCGAUGGUGAUAAGAAAAAACUUACAGCCUACGUCGUGAGAGCGGGCAGUUCUUUCCAUAAUCGUGGAGGAUACCAAGCCCGAAUAAAUAAGGUUUUCUUCUCGUCUGAAUAUACCCCCGGCAAUGCUGACUACGACUACAGCCUGGCCCGUUUGGACAGACCGCUACCAAUCGGGAGGAACAUAGCAGUCUUGAACCUGCCUUCUCGAGACUAUGUGAUCAAGCCAGAUGAUAUUCUCAUUGUCUCUGGAUGGGGAAGUACAGAUGAAUCCGGUUACGGCAACAUUCCGGACCGGCUUCGAUUCGUUCCCGUACCGGUUAUGAAACUGGAAGACUGUCAGGAUGCGUACAAAUUCUACAUAACACCGAGAAUGCUUUGCGCGGGGUACGCUACUGGUGGGAAGGACGCUUGUAACCAUGACUCUGGAGGUCCAGCUGUACGUGACGGCGUACUUAUCGGUUUAGUGUCAUUUGGAGGCAAACAGUGCGGUGACCCUCGCUCUCCUGGAGUCUACAGCCGUGUAGCAGAGGUGACAGACUGGGUGGAAGCAACAGUGACAGCCAAUGAAGCCAGCAACGUUCCAGAGCUAAGACCCAAAAUAUUGAAAGCCAGACAGAGGGAAAAAGAACUGCAGAAAUUCAAAGCCCAAGUGGAGGACAAAAAGACCAAAAUCAAGGAUUGGCUGCGUGAAACCCUUAGUUCGCCCACGUUUCUGGAGCUUGCGAAAAGAAAACUAAAAGAGGCUGGCUUAAUUCUGAGAAGGCGUUUCAGAAGGGCAUACAGUGAGAACAAAGUCAUGGACGAUAGAAUGAUGGAUGACGCAAACCUUUCUAACCAGAUAAACGAACGAAUAUUUGGUGAUGAGGGAGAUAACGAAGCGGAGGCCCUUCUCAGGAUGAUGGCCGUUCAAGAAAUAAUGGCGGAUAGGAAAGAAGAGGCCGUUUUAUACGGAAAUGGGAAUGAGAGGGGGGGAAGCGGCGAUACGAGUGCCUUAAUAGCUUUUAUUACUUAA